UAAAAUGUUUUUACAGAAGUCUUUCACUUUUACUCAUUUAGUUGGUGACAUUAACGGGCGUUGUUAUUAUUUUCUGAGAUUCCCAAAACAGUUUUUAUUAUUUCUUAAUUAUUUUACUUCUUCAAUCUCGACUAUUUUACUUUAUUAAUCCCUUCACAACUUCCAGCAUUCCAAUAUGACCUGGUUUCCAGAGAGGAACACUUGCACAAAAAGUGACACUCUCUCCGUAUAUAAUAUUCGUUGCCAUAUAUUUACCCUUCUGAGAAGCUUGGAUAGAGAUUGGAUAUAGAUAUUGACUGUUAUUAUUCAUUAUAUCAUUUCUACAAAUUGACCUUUCUUCAUUGCACGAAUACAACAGAAAGCAUAAUUUCACAAAAAGAAAACGUACAAAUUUUGUUGUCCAAAGAAAAUUUGCCUUUUUAUAUACACACAGCUAUAAAGGAAUGGCUGAAGAAAUGCAGAAAAUAACUGGGAAAAUGCAGGAAAUUCUACUGGAUGAGAAACGUAAAAUCAAAUUGUACAGGGAAAGAAUUAAAAGAUUUCCAAGUAUAAUGGAAGAAUGUGUUGAGAAAACCGAAGAAGUUUGGUCGCCUCUCUACAAAAAAGUAGAAAAUACAUUGAAUGAUGAUAUCUUAUUUGGUUUAGAAGAUGAGAUUCGUCAAAAGAAUGUCCUAGUAUAUAUUCUGUGGCAGAUGAAAGAUAAAUUUUCAGCUGAAAAAUUAGCCAAUGAAAUUCAAGAAAAGAAGCCAGAUAACCUGGUGGCAUUAACCAACCUUGCAUUCAUUCAUUUGUAUAAUAGAAAUAUCCCUGAGGUAAGAAACCUUUUGGAUAAUCUAAGCAAGCUUGAAGAAAGAGAAAAUUUCUUGCUGAUAGAAGCAGAAGGCAAAAGAAAUGUUGCUUAUUGUUUAGCUACUAUAUCUUUUAAAGAUCAUGAAAGAGCUGUCGAACUUUACAAAGAGUCUCUCAACGUUUGUCCAGACGAUUAUCUGUGUAUGUUUUCUAUUGCUUUGUUGCAAUAUCGUUGUUUAAGAAAGACCAUGGAUAAAGAGAAAAUGCGUGAAAAUAUUAAGGAAUCAAUACAGUACUUAGAGAAAAUACGAUGUGCUUUUCCACACCAUAUUGACAAGGCCCUAAUGGGAAGAACAUUAGCAUUGAUAGGUUUGUUUAAAAUUAGUCCUUGGAAUUUUCGUAGUCAACCAGCUGAAGAGUAUUUUCAGAGAGCUCUUCAUAUUUCCCCUGAUGACCCCUAUGUUUUGCAGAAAAGUGCCAAUAAUUAUAUACGUUCAUAUCAGCUUGAACAAGGAAGAAAAUUGCUUGAAAAAGCAAUUGAAAUAAAGGCAACAUCAUAUUCUCAUCAUCAGCUUGGAUUACUCUAUCUAAGAAUGAAUACACCAAAAUAUACAUAUGUCCCAAUGAACAAACAAUUCUCAGAAGAAACGAAUUUAUUUGCGAAAGUUUUAAAACAUGCUCAAAGUAUUCCUCAUAUAGAAAGGAAUGAGUUAAUCAACAAAGCUGAAUAUCACUUUCAACAAGCUCUUGAACUUUCUCCAGAAAAUUCAGCUGCUCUAUAUGAUAUCAUUUUAUUAUAUAUGUCUUUGAAAGAAUAUGACAAUGCCAGGAAGUAUAGUGAAAGAUUUAAAGCAGAUAUCAAAAUGCAAGAUGUUAAUUUUAACAUUUUGUUUGGAAGAUUAUGUCUUAAAGAAGCAGAUGUAAAAAAUGAUGAAGAAGAAAAAGAUCAAUUAAGACGUACAGGAAUAGAUAGGUUUGUUCUGGCUCUUAAAUCUGCUGUAGAAUUUCUUCCUUUCGACAAAGACCUGAUAGAAAUUUGGGAGAUAAAGGAAAUAAUACUUGAUUUAUAUGAGUAUGGAAAUGGAAAUGGAAAUACUGAAUACAAAAAGUUUGUUUUGGAAUUCAUUCACUCAGUAGAAGACCUUGCAAAUGAUAAAGAGCUCCAAAAUAUACUUCACAAGAGUGAAUUAUAAAAGAUAAAUUGUGUUCAUAAGUAUACUAAUGAUUAGUGGGCGCGUGAUAUUUGGUUAUAAAAACAUAAUAUACAAUGAAUUAUGUUGUUUUCUAUUCUGGGAACAAGGUCCGAAACUUUGUGGGAGGGAACCAGCCGAUUAGAUCGAUCCCAGUAUGAAAGCACUAAAGAACUGAAUGGCAUAUUUGGCCCUUGUAAAUUGUUUGCCUCUUUUCUGGGACACAAGCAAAUAACUGAGGCAGCAAAGUCUUUCAACAGGGUAGCCAUACGUGGAAGAGUUGUAACUUUCAGUUAAAGGGGCAUAAAAGAAAUCGAUGUAAUAAACAUCACAGAGAAAAUACGUAUAAACUUAUCAUCAGACCCUCGUUAAUUCCCUGCACUUCCCAUAAAAACAUGUAAACAUUCCACUAACCAAACGACAUUAGUUACUUAUUAAAACCUUCUGGCAAACAUUAAUUCCUCAUUAGCAAGGAAGAGCCAGAAUAUACCCUAGCUAUAAAGAAGAUGCAGAACAAAUUU